GAAAUGCUGAACAGGGUUAUUUUGGCUUCAUGCUUGGCGCUGUGGAUCGGUUCUUUCACCUUGGCUGUGGAUACUGAGGAUUACAUGGCCAGAGCUCUGCAGUUAAUGUCUGAGACGCCUCUCAUUGAUGGUCACAAUGACCUGCCUUGGCAGCUUCGAAACCAAUUCAACAAUCAGCUCAACAAAGUGGAUCUUAACACACUGGCAACAACUCACACUAACAUCCCCAAGAUCAAGGCUGGACGACUGGGCGCAGAGUUCUGGUCAGCUUAUGUACCCUGUGCUACUCAGUAUAAAGAUGCUGUCAGACAAACACUGGAGCAGAUUGAUGUGAUUCACAGGAUGUGUCAGAAAUACCCAGACAGCUUCAUGUUUGCCACUAGCAGCGAAGACAUCAUGGAGGCCUUUAAAAUGAAUAAGACCGCCAGUCUGAUUGGGGUCGAGGGGGGUCACUCCAUCGACAGCAGUCUGGGGACCCUACGCAUGAUGUACCAGCUGGGGGUCCGCUACCUCACACUUACACAUUCCUGCAACACACCUUGGGCAGAUAACUGGCUUGUGGACACUGGUUCAGUGCCAUCUGAACAUCAUGGCCUCUCUCCAUUUGGCAAGCAACUAAUUGUGGAAAUGAACCGUCUGGGGAUGCUCAUCGACCUGGCUCAUGUGACUUUGGAGGUGAUGAACCAGGUGCUGGACACGUCUAAAGCGCCGGUCGUCUUCAGCCACUCUUCCGCAUACGCCGUCUGUCCAAACAAGAGGAACGUCCCAGAUGACGUCCUCAUGCGAGUGAAAGAAACUCAGGGAAUUGUGAUGGUCAACUUCUACAGUGAAUAUGUGAGCUGCAGCAAGACAGCUAAGUUAUCAGAUGUCACAGAUCAUUUUGACCAUAUAAAGAAAGUGGCCGGGGCGAGCAUCAUCGGCUUUGGUGGAGAUUAUGAUGGAGUUAAUGGAGUACCAGAAGAUUUGGAGGAUGUGUCCAAAUUUCCCAGUUUGGUAGCUGAACUACUCAGGAGAGGAUGGACUGAUGAGGACGUUAAAGCUGCUCUUGGAAAUAACCUGCUCCGUGUCAUGAGACAGGUUGAGAAGGUCCGGGACAGUAUGAACAGCACAAGCCCGGAUGACGUUCCUAUUACAUAUGAAGACGUGCAGAACCCAUGCAGAACAAGUUUCGGAUACCCCAACAUCGGAUCCGCCCAUUCCCUCAGCACACUGGCCCCUCUGCUCACACUGGCUCUCCAGGCUUGGAUUACAUUAAUGGCUUAAUGGGCUACUGUUCAACACAACUCACUGUAUGCAAGUCAGGAGUUAAGUCCUAAACCUUAGACACACACCUCAGACACAGACAUAACUGCAGAUUAAACUACAUUAAACAAUUAGUUCCUUAUCCAGUUUUUAAUCACUUUUUGAUCUCUCUUUGUCACAAAAAGUCAAUUAUAGCAAUUUUGUAGCUGACAUUAAGACAGUGACAAAAAUGAUCAAAUUAAAGUUUAUUUAAACUUGAGUCAAAGUUUCAACUCGUCUGCU